AUGUGUACGGGAGCGUGCUCAAAGUUCAUCGCCAUCCCCCUCUACGUCCUGGCCCUGGUGUCAGUCAUCUGUAACAUCAUACUCUUCUUCCCCGACUUCCAGACCAAGUACGCCGCCGAGGACCGGGAUGGGAAGGACAGGAUCACCGAGGAGGUGAAAUACAUGGGAGGCCUGAUCGGAGGAGGAAUCAUGGUCCUGAUUCCUGCCAUCCACAUCCAUCUGACCAGUGCUGAUAAGUGCUGCGCUAACCGCUGUGGGAUGUUUCUGUCCAUCGGCUUUGCAGCAGCUGGUGUUUUUGGCGCCAUCUACAGUCUAAGUGUUGCAGCUCUGGGUCUUGCUAACGGCCCCACAUGUCUCUUUAUGGAACAGGGUGAACAGAUUUGGGGCACACCCUUCGUCAGCAGUAACGGGAGCUACCUGGGCAAUAAAGACCUGUGGGACAUAUGUUUGGAGCCGAAGGAUGUGGUGGGCUUUAACGUCAGCCUCUUCUCUACGCUGCUGGUGGCCGCCGGUCUUGAGCUCAUCCUCUGUCUGUUCCAGAUGGUUAAUGGCCUGUUCGGAUGUCUCUGUGGGACCUGCUCCGGGGGCAAAGAGUAAGCUGAACUAAAACUCUCCAUGAAAAAAAACACCACUGCUACCAACAACAUGGUCUCCAU